AUGCCUGAUCAGGACAAAAAGCUGAAGACCACAGAAAAAGCAGCAGACAAAAAACCUCAUGGGAUCUCUGUGAGGGAUUAUUCUGAUCUUAAAAGACUUCAGUCUCUCUUAAAUGUGCAGUUAAAGAACCAACAGCUUCCAGCUAUACAUUUUGAAAAUGGUCGAACCAGUGUGACAAGAGCUCGGCAAAAUGUUCAAAUCAGUGAACAAAAACCCCAUGGUCAAUGGCAAGAAUCAACAGAAGCUGUUGAGCUUGAAAACUUUAGUGUGACCUACAAGAAUGAGAGGAAUUUUAGCAAACAUCCCUGCCAUAAGCUGUUUCAAGAGAUCUUUACAUCUUUGGUUAAGAACCGACUUACCUGCAGGGAAUGGGUUAAUCAAGCUUCGUCCAUCCAUUUUCUUAGAGUAUUAAUCUGUCUGAGAUUAUUAAUAAGGGAUCCAUGCUACCAGGAAAUGCUCCACAGCUUGGGUGCUAUUGAAAAUCUAGCUCAGUAUAUGGAAACAGUAGCAAAUGGCUAUCUUGAUUACGGAGAAGAGCAGCAUAAUGUAGACAAGUUGGUCAACAUGACAUACAUUUUCCAAAAGCUUGCUGCUGUUAACAGUCAAAGAGAAUGGGUUAUAGCAAGCAGAGCACAUAAAACCUUGGUAAAUUUGUUAUCUGCCAGAGACAGCAAUGUACUUUUAGGUGCUCUCCUUGCUCUGACUAGUCUAGCAGAAAGUCCAGAAUGUAGGGAGAAGAUAAGUGAGCUCAGCAUUGUUGAGAACUUGCUGGUGAUAUUGCGUGAAUACGAUUUGCUUUCUAAAAGGCUCACAGCAGAGUUGUUACGUCUCCUCUGUGCAGAGUCACAGGUCAAAGACCAAAUAAGAAUGUAUGAAGGAGUUCCAGUCUUGCUCAGUUUACUCCAUUCUGAUCAUAUCAAACUUCUGUGGAGUAUAGUUUGGAUUCUGGUACAGGUUUGUGAGGAUCCUGAGACUAGUGUGGAAAUCCAGAUUUGGGGUGGAAUCAAACAGCUCCUUCAUAUUUUACAGGGGGACAGAAAUCUUAUUUCUGAUCACUCUUCAGUUGGAAGUCUAUCCAGUGCGAAUGCAGCAGGGAGAAUCCAAUAUUUUCAUCUGUCAAAUGAUGUGAGUCCUGAUGAGAUGCAGGAAAACAUUUUCUCCCUUCAAGCAGCCUGUUGUGCAGCAAUUACUGAACUGGUGCUCAAUGAGACUAACUCUUACCAGGUUGUACAGGCAAAUGGAAUAUAUACAAUAGCAAAGCUGAUUUUACCAAAGAAAGAAAGAAAUGCCGAAAACGCUUAUUUAUUACAGUGUUAUGCUUUCAGAGCCCUGAGAUUUCUCUUCAGUAUGGAAAGAAAUCGACAUAUCUUUAAAAGACUUUUCCCUACUGACUUGUUUGAAAUCUUCAUUGAUAUUGGACAUUAUGUGCGUGAUAUCAGUGCUUAUGAAGAGUUGGUAUCAAAGCUAAAUUUAUUAAAGGAAGAUGAAUUCAAACAAAUUGCUGAAAGUAUUGAGAACAUGAAUCAGAAUAAAGCACCUACAAAACAUAUAGGCAAUUAUGCAAUUUUAGAGCACCUUGGCCGUGGAGCUUUUGGAAGCGUAUAUAAGGUUAGAAAGCAUAAUGGACAAAAUCUCCUGGCAAUGAAAGAAGUCAAUUUACACAAUCCAGCAUUUGGAAAGGACCAAAAAACCAGAGACAGCAGUGUAAAGAACAUUGUCUCUGAAUUAACCAUCAUCAAAGAGCAGCUUUAUCAUCCAAAUGUUGUACGAUACUAUAGAACCUUCUUGGAAAAUGACAGGUUGUACAUAGUCAUGGAGCUCAUAGAGGGAGUGCCAUUGGGAGAGCAUUUUCACUCUUUGAGAGAAAAGCAACAACACUUUACAGAAGAAAGAAUAUGGCAUAUAUUUAUCCAACUUUGUCUAGCUCUUCGUUAUUUGCAUAAAGAGAAAAGGAUUGUUCAUCGAGAUCUCACUCCAAACAAUGUCAUGCUGGGGGAUGAAGACAAAGUUACAAUUACUGACUUUGGUCUUGCAAAGCAAAAGCAAGAAAAUGGCAAACUUGCAUCCGUAGUGGGAACCAUUCUCUACUCAUGGGUCACUCUGUUGCUUCUAGUCAGUGUUGAGCUUGUUUGA